AUGUCUGGCAAGUACGUCUUCACCAAGGGCCUGAAGGAGCUCCGCUUCCUUUUCUGCCAGACCUCUGAGGCCAGCGCGCCUGUAAGGUCUUUCCUUCACCGCGCCUACCCUACCAUGAAGAAGCACAAUCCCCACACUCCUAUCAUGAUGCGCGAGGCCUCGGGCACCGAGCCGCGAGUAUUCGCCAGAUACGAGCUUGGCAAGGAGAAGCAAGAAGCGCUGUCCGGCCUGUCCGACUCGCAGAUCGAAGAGCGCAUCACCAACCUGGUGAAGCAGAGCUCAUAA